CGCACGCCGAGGGGCGGGGGCACCGCCAGCGGGCAGGGCUCCGUCAAGUACGACAGCACGGAUCAAGGGUCUCCCGCCUCCACCCCGUCGACGACGCGGCCGCUGAACUCGGUGGAGCCGGCCACCGUGCAGCCCAUCCCCGAGGCCCACAGCCUGUACGUCACCCUCAUCCUCUCGGACUCGGUGCUGAACAUCUUCAAGGACCGGAACUUCGACAGCUGCUGCAUCUGCGCCUGUAACAUGAACAUCAAAGGGGCCGACGUGGGGCUGUACAUCCCCGACUCCUCCAACGAGGACCAGUACCGCUGUACCUGCGGCUUCAGCGCCAUCAUGAACCGGAAGCUGGGCUACAACUCCGGGCUCUUCAUCGAGGACGAGCUGGAUAUUUUUGGCAAGACCUCAGACAUCGGCCAGGCCGCAGAACGGCGGCUGAUGAUAUGUCAAAGCAACUUGAUCUCUCAGAUGGGAGAGGGAGCUAGAAGGAGUCAGGAACCUCCCAUGAGCCUCCUGCUCCUCCUCCAGAAUCAGCACACGCAGCCUUUCACCUCUCUGAGCUGCUUGGAUUACAUGGCCUCCAAUAACCGUCAGACUCUGCCCUGUACGAACUGGAGCUACGACAGGCUGCAGGCAGACAGCAACGACUCCUGGGUGGAGUGCUUCAAUGCCCUCGAGCAAGGCAGGCAGUACGUGGACAACCCCACCGGUGGGAAAGUGGAUGAAGCUCUCGUAAGAAGUGCCACUGUACACUCUUGGCCUCACAGCAAUGUGCUGGACAUCAGCAUGCUCUCCUCCCAGGACGUGGUGCGCAUGCUGCUGUCCCUGCAGCCCUUCCUCCAGGAUGCCAUCCAGAAGAAGCGGACGGGAAGGACCUGGGAGAACAUCCAGCACGUGCAGGGACCACUCACCUGGCAGCAGUUCCAUAAGAUGGCAGGACGGGGGACCUAUGGCUCUGAGGAAUCUCCUGAGCCUCUUCCAAUCCCGACUUUACUGGUGGGUUAUGACAAGGACUUCCUGACAAUCUCCCCGUUCUCCUUGCCCUUCUGGGAGAGGCUGUUGCUGGACCCGUAUGGGGGCCACCGGGACGUCGCCUACAUCGUGGUGUGUCCAGAAAAUGAGGCCUUGCUCGACGGAGCCAAAACUUUCUUCAGGGACUUGAGUGCUGUAUACGAGAUGUGUAGGCUGGGCCAGCACAAGCCCAUCUGCAAGGUGCUGCGUGAUGGGAUCCUGCGGGUGGGGAGGAGCGUGGCCCAGAAGCUGCCAGAGGAGCUGUUGUGCGAGUGGCUCGCCCAGCCCUGGGGCACAGAGGAGUGUGACAAUCAUGCCAGGCUCAAACUCUACGCCCAAGUUUGCCGCCAUCACCUAGCACCUUACUUAGCCACUCUGCAGCUUGACAGCAGCCUAUUGCUACCCCCCAAGUACCAAACCCCAGCGCCAGCAAACCAGACACAACCAGCACCCGGAAGCACUGGACCUGCACCCUCCAGUUCAACGUGUCUCUCGGCUGCUGGGGCAGCACCCACGGGCAGCUCCUUUAACUCCACACCCAGUGGUGGGACCAGCAGCCUUCCAGCAGGAAGCAGCUCAUCCUCUGGAUCCUCUGUGUCUACUGCAACGCCCGGCGUCCCCCAGGUGGCCACGAGCUCUGCCCCAGGCUUCCCUGGGAACGCUGGGUCAGGGCAGAACCCCAGCGCUGGGGGAGGUGCCGCGGAACGCUCGCAAGGAGCCACGGCUCCUGGAGGAGACACAGAACCAGGGCAGAACUUACCACAGCAGCAGCAGGAAGGACAGGAGGGUGUUGCAGAGAGGGAGAGAAUUGGGAUCCCCACGGAGCCGGAGUCGGCGGACAGCAACGCCUACCCUCCCGCCGUGGUCAUCUACAUGGUGGAUCCUUUCACCUACACUGCAGACGAAGAAUCUGCCUCAACCAACUUCUGGCUGUUAAGUUUGAUGAGAUGCUACACAGAAAUGUUGGAUAACUUGCCUGAGAACAUGAGGAAUUCUUUCAUUCUCCAGAUUGUGCCUUGCCAGUACAUGCUGCAGACAAUGAAGGAUGAACAGGUUUUCUACAUUCAGCACUUGAAGUCCUUGGCGUUUUCAGUGUACUGCCAGUGCAGGAGACCACUGCCCACACAGAUCCACAUCAAGUCUCUCACAGGCUUUGGGCCAGCUGCCAGCAUUGAGAUGACCCUCAAAAAUCCUGAGAGGCCAAGCCCAAUCCAGCUAUACUCGCCUCCUUUCAUUCUGGCACCCAUCAAAGACAAACAGACAGAGCUGGGAGAGACAUUUGGAGAGGCCAGUCAGAAAUACAACGUGCUUUUUGUUGGCUAUUGUUUGUCUCACGAUCAGCGUUGGCUUUUGGCAUCCUGCACUGACCUUCACGGGGAGUUGCUGGAAACCUGCAUAGUUAAUAUUGAUUUACCAAACAGGUCGAGGAGGAGCAAACUGUCUGCACGUAAGAUGGGGCUGCAGAAGCUCUGGGAGUGGUGCAUUGGCAUUGUCCAGAUGACCUCGCUGCCGUGGAGAGUGGUCAUUGGGCGGCUUGGCCGCCUCGGCCACGGCGAGCUGAAAGACUGGAGUAUCCUCCUCGGGGAGUGUUCCCUGCAGACAAUCAGCAAACAGCUCAAGGAGGUGUGCCGCAUGUGUGGCAUCUCAUCAGCAGACUCUCCAUCUAUCCUCAGUGCCUGCUUAGUUGCCAUGGAGCCACAGGGGUCAUUUGUUGUGAUGCCAGAUGCUGUCACGAUGGGCUCGGUGUUCGGGCGGAGCACGGCGCUGAACCUCCAGUCCUCUCAGCUGAACACCCCUCAGGAUGCCUCCUGCACACACAUCCUGGUUUUCCCAACCUCUGCUACCAUCCAGGUGGCACCAGCCAAUUACCCCAACGAGGAUGGAUUCAGCCCUACUAAUGAUGACAUGUUUGACCUCCCAUUCCCAGAUGACAUGGACAAUGACAUUAGAAUUUUAAUAACAGGGAAUCUUCAUUCUUCACCAAAUUCCUCCCCAGUUCCUUCCCCUGGAUCACCAUCUGGCAUUGGAGUGGGAUCCCACUUCCAGCCUAGCAGGAGCCAAGGGGAACGUCUCCUUUCCAGAGAAGCCCCUGAAGAACUGAAGCAGCAGCCCCUUGCCCUUGGAUACUUCGUGUCAACUGCCAAAGCUGAGAAUCUUCCGCAGUGGUUCUGGUCAUCCUGUCCUCAGGCACAAAACCAGUGUCCCCUCUUCCUGAAGGCCUCCUUACAUCACCAUAUCUCUGUAGCGCAGACAGAUGAGCUGCUAUCUGCCAGAAAUUCUCAGCGAGUUCCUCACCCCCUUGACUCUAAAACUACAUCAGAUGUCUUGAGGUUUGUUCUGGAGCAGUACAAUGCACUGUCCUGGCUUACGUGUAACCCUGCCACUCAGGAUCGCAGCUCCUGCCUUCCUGUCCACUUCGUGGUGCUCACUCAGCUGUACAAUGCCAUCAUGAAUAUACUUUAAUAGAUAGGAAAGCACUUGUUCUUCUGGCUUAUCCCCCCUCCACCCCAGAAACGUGCCACAGUCUGCAAAGAUCACCAUCCUGCUUCUCUUCAGACCAGUCCCGUGCUGUGCUUCUGCUCCUCCAAAAGCACAUGUGAAUUCUGCAGUGUUCAAAACUAAACUACCCAUUAACAUCUCUGGCAGCUUCAGUCCGAAAUCUGGGAACAUCCAAGGACAGUGAACACAGAGUAACCUCAAGUCAGUGUUAGUUUGGUGGCCCAGUAACUACUGGUCAGUGUGAUUAUGGUUUUUUUUUUUAAUAUUUUAUUUUUUUAAGGAAGACUACAGUAUCUUUUUGCAUUAGGAACUCUGAGAAACAGCCAAGAGCAGUUUCAG